AUGGCUUCUCCGAGAAAUAUAUUGGAUCCUGCCGCCUAUACAGUCGCCUGGUUUGCUCCGCUCGAGAUUGAGGCCCGGGCUGCGCUGCACCUCUUGGAUAACAGGCACAAUGGCAGCUUCCCUAUGGCUCCCGGAAAUGAUUAUGUCUUCCAAGCCGGCGAUGCAUGUGGGCAUAACGUUAUUAUUGCAACUUUUCCCGCCGGUCAAAAAUAUGGCACUGGAUCUGCUGCUUCUCUUGCGAGCCAGGUCAAGAACUUUUUCCCAAACCUUUGGUUCGGUUUGCUUGUUGGUGUCGCAGCGGGUCUUCCGAAUCUCUCGCUACAUCCGCCGCUCGAUAUCCGUCUUGGCGAUGUUCUUGUUGGUUUGGCCACGGGUAAUAGCGCUGGACUCAUAGCCUACGAUCUAGGAAAAGAAACAAGCAACGACGGGUUUCAGCUUCUAAAUCAUGGUUAUGCAUUGGCCAACACAGCAACUGUAGUCAGAUCAGCCAUUACCAGCAUAAAACUAAAAGAGCCGAAUGAUACGAACCUAUUUUUACCAUAUUACAAAAGUAUACAGAAUAAAGAGCAUUCUUCCGGUACUUUUAAUGAUCCUGGACAAGAUACGGAUGCUCUUUAUCAGUUCGAUAAAGAUGGGAUUGAGCGUUUGGUCCAGCGAGGGCAAAGGCCAGAUUCCAAGCGGACACGAGUAUGGUACGGAUCAAUAGGCUCAGGGGAAAAGUUGAUGAAGAAUGCUCAGAAACGCGAUAAGCUAAGGGACAAAUACGGCCUUAUUGGACUUGAGAUGGAAGCAGCCGGAACUAUGGACUGCAUUCCCGUUGGCGUCAUCCGAGGAGUUUGUGAUUAUGGAGAUGAACAUAAAAAUAAAGACUGGCAGCCAUACGCUGCCGCCAUGGCUGCUGCCUAUGCCAAAGCGAUUUUGGCUGAAAUCCCGCCCGACGAUGUGCCAGAACGAAUAAUUAUGAGCGCCGGCCGUAAGCGCAGACGAGAUGAAGAGCAUUUGGACUCUGUUUCGGAUAGACACUGGAAACCUUACAAUGCAGAACCUAGCACUGCCGUCGGACAGACGCCUAAGGCAGCUACAGAUGUCAGCCACGUUAUCGACGCCGAUACAAAACAGUCGUUGAUAGAUCAGCUCUAUUUUGACAAGAUUGACGAGCGUGUAACAUAUCUAACAGCCGCCCAGAGAGGAACCUGUCGCUGGUUCCUUGAUAAGCCCGAAUACACAUCCUGGCACAACAUGGCACAACAGCCGGAUCACGGUGGUCUGCUUUGGAUCAAGGGUAAUCCAGGCACUGGAAAGUCAACAUUGAUGAAGUUUCUUUUUGAAGAAGCCAAGCUGAGCGCAAAUGGAGCUUCGUCACAAAUCAUCCUUUCUUUCUUCUUUCUUGCAUGGGGCACCGUCGACGAGAAGUCAACGACGGGACUAUACCGCUCUCUUCUCCAUCAACUCUUUGAAAAGAUUCCUGAGACGAAAGACAGUUUGGAAUGGAUGACCGUUGAUGGCGCCAAGACUGUCCAACGGAAUAGAUGGCAAGAUGCAUCUUUAAAGCAAACGUUGGCACACGCUGUUCAGAAACUUGGCAGUAGGUCGCUAACAAUAUUCGUGGACGCUCUUAAUGAGUGCAAUCAGGACCAAGUUGCUGAUAUGGUUUCAUUUUUUGGGGAACUAUGUGACAGUACAAAUAAAAGGCAACUUUCGUUGCGAGUAUGUUUUUCCAGUUGGCAUUACCCAACAGUGACCAUACAACAUGGAAUUGAGGUUAUCUUGGAGGACGAAACUGGGCAUACAGACGAUAUUCAGCAGUAUAUCAAGUCAAAGCUCAGAAUACCCAGGUCGAAUAAAGCUGACCCGCUUCGAUACGACUCACUUCGGCAGGAAAUUCUCACGAAAUCUUCUGGAAUCUUUCUCUGGGUUGUCUUGGUUCUUGACAUUCUUAAUAAGGAAUGUUCUAGAAGCGCAAUGUCUAUCAAAAUGAUGCGUGGCCGUCUUAAAGAAAUUCCACCAAGGUUAAACGACUUGUUUCAGAUGAUUCUUACACAAGAUGGUGACAAUGGUGAUCAGCUAAAAGCUUGUCUAAAAUGGAUCCUCUUCGCGUCUCGCCCACUCAAGCCACCGGAGCUCUAUUUCGCUGUCCAGUUCAAGUGCGAUAAAGAAUGCUCAGGUAAAUGGGAUAAAGACAAUAUAGGACUAGAUAGGAUGAAGGCUUUCGUAAGGAGCUCAUCGAAGGGUCUAGCUGAAGUUACACGAAAUCGGGCUUCUGAAGUUCAGUUUAUCCAUGAAUCUGUUCGAGACUUCUUAUUAGGAAGUUACGGCAAACAGUGGUCCGAAGAGCCUAGCAAUUUGACCGGUCAUAGCCACGACUUUCUAAAGGAUUGUUGCUUAGCUCAACUAAUGUCUCAAGAUAUUCAUUUGCCGAAAUUUAUACCAAAGGCUUCCGAAGCGGCAGAAUUGAGAAGCUCGGUCAACCUAGAUUUUCCAUUUCUAGAAUACGCAGUUCUGAAUCUUUUUCAUCAUGCCAACGCAUCUCAAAACCAAGGCAUAGAGCAACAGGGUUUCCUCAAAAAUUUUCCUCUCCAACGAUGGAUACUCAUCAACAACGCCCUUGAAAAAUAUGGUAUCCGACGAUAUACAGAAUCAACAAGACUACUUUAUAUCUUUUCAGAGAAGAACUUGCCAGAUCUAAUUAAUAUUCUUCCUGAGAAAAACUAUUUCGAGGUUGGUGAUGAGCGUUAUGGCACGCCAAUUUUUGCGGCGCUGGCCAACAACAGUCGCGAAGUGGUGAAAGCAUUUUUGAGAUCUCAAGAGAAAAGUUUACCGCAAGGAUCCGCGUUUCACGACCUAUAUAAAGAAUACUGCAGACACGAAAACUUCAAGACCAAUCUUGGACAGAGCUACGUUUUCAGACGGGCUCACGGUGUUUUGUAUAGUCUUAUCAAAUAUGCCGAUGAAUUAUUCGUUAUGGCAUAUCUGUCUUCUUUCGGAAAAACAGACUUGGACUCAAAGAUUAUUGAUGCCCAGAUGACGAUCCUGUACGCUGCUGAGAAAGGUUAUACGGCCACUAUCAAGGCUUUGCUUACGCAUGAGAAUGUUGACAUAAAUGUUCAGGAUGCAUAUGGCAGGACGCCAUUAUCUUACGCUGCUGAGAGUGGCCAUGAAUCUGUCAUUAGGGCUCUGCUUUCAUAUGAUGGCAUUGAUAUACAUACCAAAGACACGUUUGGCGAGACUCCACUAUCGUGGGCUACUAAAGGAGGUAAUGUUCUAGAUGGAACAACGCUUUGGGCCUCGAUAGUUGACUCUAAAAUUGUUAUUGAGGCUCUGGGAGUUCCGGACAUCGUGGCAGAAAUAGGCGAGCAAAUAGCAUGGAUCGGUGCUGCACUGCAGCCAUCCCCUUUCCCAAAUGAGGCGGUGUACUGUGUCCCGUUUCUUGACAAAAAGAUUCUUGUGGCCGAUACAUAUGAACACGAGGACCUUCAAAGCUUGCAGUGCUUUAUUGCAUUCAGAUUUAAAAAGUGCGAAACAACAUAUGUCGAAUCAAUUGGACAGUGCUGGCACGAUAUGUUCAAAGGGCCCGUCAUUGUACCAGGAUUUCCGAUACCACAAAAAUCAGAGACCAAUACAGGUUUGGAGAUGCCGCUUAACAUGAUGGCGGCCCUAGUCAAGACGCGAUAUGUCAACGCAUUUGGUUCCAAAGUAUUUGUGAAAGGGUUUUCAAGCAUGCUGGUGCCCACCAAACGAUUCGAUAACGUUCUGGUCUGGCAUUAUAUGUAUAAUAAGCGUCCAGAUGAUCACAUAUCUUACCUGGAUUGGAACCUUGGCCAUACAGAUGUCAAGAUGUCUGAGCUAGAGUCUACUCGUCACGUUAUCGGAUGGUGCUCGGAAGCAGUUGCUACAGCUGGUACUCUAGCAGCAACAUAUUCCGUUAAGAAAUCGGGGCUUCCAUUUUCACGUUGUGGUGUUGCCUUAGAGAAGUUUGAGAUAACAGCCGGUAAAUAUAUUUCAGGAACAGCAAAAUUCAGGAUUGGCAACAGAGAAAAGCCUGUUCACCUUUCUCUAUCAGCCUAUUUGGAGAAGAUUCAGUGGAUAUCUUCAAGAUACUUCAUCAUGUGGGAUGACGGAGAUAAGAGAGGUUGGCUAGUAGACGGUGCUCGUGCUUUGCUUCAUACUCUCCGGGCUUCGCUUGUGCAUUAUAAACGUGCGUUUGGCUCAGCAUUCCUUUUAGAUCCUGUUGAGUUGACUGAUGGCUAUGGUCAAGAUCAAACUGGUUCGGCGAAAAGCGUGUUAGCAGACCAGGGGAAUCGGGAUUUAAAAUUGUAUGUGGAUAGAACCGAAGCCUACGACGAAGCAAUAAGCGAUGGACAGGAAACCCGGUAUAUUUCAACACGAAAAACGAUAUACUAUCGAUUGGAAGAUAAAGUCGAACACCUAUACAACACGAUGGAGAAACUGGUUGAAUACCAGACGAACGAAGGACGACAAAAUGGAAUUAAGGUCAAAUCUCGUCCAAGAAGUAUACUCGAAGGAUGGGAUUUCAUUGAUCUGGUCACUGGUGAUCCGAUCUUCCGUCACGCUUGCACCCUACAAACAAUUGGCAAAGGAUGGGUUGAUUUCACUAGAAGCAUUCAUGCAGUCGUCCUAUUUGGUCGGGGAUUCGGUAACUUAAUCCAGCCCAAAACGACUGGUUGUCCUCUUUGGUCAUGCCUUCCCAAAGAAAAGUCUUAUCUCGCAGCGCACAUUACGGAUUUACAAGACAUAAUGAAAAAGGAUGGCGAGGCUGCAUCUAAUCCGAGGAAACUUUGCGAAAACGUGCUAUGGCAUAUGAAACAAGACACUUUCCAAGCAUGCCCUUGUGUUGGAAAGGGAACAAAAACGCAUCACGAUCCUGUCCAGGUUUUGUUUCCAUCCAGUUUUCAGUCUAUGAUCAAAAAGAAGCCGCUGGGCGAUCUCAAAGCUAAUGGAGCUGUCAUAUUUGGACACAACAUAAAAAUUCACUGGCAUUGGAAAGAUAUGGGAGAUCCGGUUAAAGGUGACCCUCCACAAGAUUCAAAAGUCUCUGCAGACUCACCAGAAGAAAGUGGCAUUGGAUCGAGCACAAUGUCACCAGUUAACAAAGAUAGCGUCGGGUCAAGCCCUUCUGGAUCUUCGACAAAUCCUAGCGGAACAAUCUCUACGCCUGCAGAAAGCCAGCCAAGCAAUAUUUUCACCGAUAACAAUAUCCGUAGUUCAAAAAGAAGCCUACAAGCUGCGGUAUCUCGGGCUUGCAAAAAGAUGAAGUUAUAG